AUGGCGAAGACUGAUCGGCUUGCUCGGUUCCUUGAUUCGGGUAUCUACGAAUCCGACGACUCCAAAUGGUUCUUCCUAGACCCAGUUCGUAUAAUCAACAGUUCAUAUGGCCGAUUUAGGGUUUCACCUUCUGCUUACUACUCUCGUUUCUUCAAUUCGAAGCAUCUCAAUCUACAAUCCAGCGACCCUAAUCCAAAAAAGCGGAAACGGAAGCCGAAAAAGCCUUCCCCUCACCUUCCUAGUGCAGCAGAGCAAGCUUCGAACCUUCGUCAUCAGGGAGCGAGGCUGUUCUUAUCGGAAGCGCAUGAAUCGCUUCUACGGGAAGACGAGCUGUUGAGUUUGACGAAAGGGCUAAGUGAUGAUGAUGAAUCGAGUUUGUUGACUUUGACCGAGUGUUGCGGCGACGAACUCUCUUUUGUUGAGCUUGGAGGAGUGUGGCAAGCUCCUUUGUAUGAGAUAACACUGGAUUUGAAUCUACAUUGCGAUAACGAAGCUAAACCUGAAGAAGGCUUCAAUCUUAUAGUUAUUGAUCCACCUUGGGAAAACGCAAGCGCUCAUCAGAAGUCUAAGUAUCCUACUUUACCAAACAGAUACUUCUUAUCCCUCCCAAUCAAUCAGCUUACUCAUCCUGAAGGAGCUCUCGUGGCUUUAUGGGUGACCAAUAGAGAGAAAUUACUCAACUUUGUUGAGAAGGAGCUGUUCCCUGCGUGGGGGAUUAAGUACGUAGCUACAAUGUAUUGGUUAAAGGUGAAACCCGAUGGUACACUGAUAUGCGAUCUGGACCUGGUCCAUCAUAAACCGUAUGAAUAUCUUCUACUAGGCUACCGAUUUACGGAACUUUCAGAAUCAAAGCAUAGGUCAGAUUUUAAACUCUUGGAUGAGAACAAAACCAUCAUGAGCAUCCCUGGAGAUUUUUCGAGGAAACCCCCUAUUGGAGAGAUACUAAUGAAACAUGUUCCCGGGUCUCAACCAGCUCGGUGCCUUGAGCUAUUUGCUAGGGAAAUGGCUGCUGGAUGGACCUCUUGGGGAAACGAACCGUUGCACUUCCAGGACUUGAGAUACUUCUUGAAAGAUUAG